AACAGAGCGGACAACUGCAAAACAAUGGACGGGUUCGGUUGUGUUGCCAGUGAUGUGGACUUUGCAAGGAUGCUGGAAGACAUAUUGUCUUCUUCACCUCCAUCACCUAGUGGUGAUUUUCUGGACGAAUUUAUGGACGAUGUGAGCGAAACGAGUUUCGAGUCCGGAUCCGACGGCGUGGCGAGUUUCGGCUCUAGCUCUGACGGCGUAGCAUCACCGGUAAGCGACGCAGAGACGUCACCUCCAAGGAAGAAGAAGACAGCGACGCAGAGAAAGAAGCAACGUCUGGCCGCCAACGUGCGUGAGCGUCGACGCAUGGAGUCUAUCAACGGCGCCUUCGACGUGUUGCGGAAACGCGUGCCAACGUUAGCGUACGAGAGGCGUAUCUCCAAGGCAGACACCUUGCAUCUUGCUAUCGGGUACAUUCGCUUUCUGACGGACUUAGUCAAAUCUGACACUCAAGGAGAGGGAGCAGUCGCGCACAGCCGACUCAAGAAGCCACCAAAAAUCAUCAUAAGUCACAAAGGAACAGGGAGCAUGUCGCCCACUGAUAUGGAGUACGGAGUACCGCCGCUAGAGGGACACUCCCUAUCAUGGACGGACGAAAGGAAAACACCCAACACAGGGCAGACACUAGUGGCCAAAAUCUGGACCCCUUUAGACCCCAGGACUGAAUGCACCCAGAAAAGUAACAGUUUGAGGUUGGCACAAGUUGUUCCGGCGUAGUGAAAGUACUUCAAAACAAAGACAUUAUAUGUAAACAGUAUUAUAUAUACAUAUAGGCCAGGCGCCUUUAUUUUGUAAAUGUUGAUAUAUCAGAACGUGUAUAUUGUUCGCUAUCUUUGAAUACCAUUGCACAGAAGCUUUUGGUCUUAUUACGUCAAAACUCGUUGUAUAUUUCUACAAUGACGAAUAGGCGAGCAGUAUUGAAACCGCACUACACAUGAAAAAAGCAUUAUGAUUCGCCUGCAUUGAGUAUGUAUUUAUGCUGUGCAGUUAAUGUAUUUUGCCGUAUCUCGAUUGUUAUAUUUCUUGUAUAUUUCGCUAGGAAGUUGGACGUGAUACAAACUGUUCUGCCGGGUCAUUUUGUCAGUCGAUGGAACAAUUUUAUACGAUCAAUGUGACGCUAUUGUGUAUUAUGGUGUAUAUAAAAUGGUUGAACGGAAAUACCUUUGUUGCGAGCUUUAUUGCCCCUUACACGGGUAGAUUACAAUAGUCUCUCACGUGCAAAUAUCCGGACAAAAAAAGUAAUAAACCGAGUUUUCCCCACAUACAAUACUUUAAGCCCUGUGUUGGGAUACCG